AUGGACGAAGCUUACCACCCACAAAGAGCAUCCUCCAUGACAAAACAAGUUAAGAAAAAGGGCAAGCAUCCAGCCCUAAAUUUUAAUCGUGGGAGCGGAAGCAGCUCGCAGGAAAAUCUUAUCGUUUACAUCCUGAGGCGACCAAUGCUUGAAACAGUUACUGAAACAAUUCGUUUGAAAGUACAAGGUUAUACAUGUUGGUACGUCCAUGAAGGUAUGAUGCAAGCAUCUGUAUUAAUUGCUCUACCACGCCAGGAAGGCAGUUUUAGAGAAUCUUCCAUCACAUAUGAAGGAGAGUCAGCUAAUACAGAAGAUGAAGCAAUGGAGAAGGCAGCUCAAAUGGCCUUAGAAUGCAUUUGUGCAGACUAUAACAUUUCUGUUAAUGAUCACAAUUACUAUGCCCUUGAAGUCACAAAAGAAAGGUUGUUUACAGCAAGAGAGAAAGCUCAAACAAAGCAAUGGCAAUUCAACAUGGCUCGCCAACAAGUAACUACACAGCAGAAUGAAUUUGCGAGGCAAACAAUGAUCCUGGCAAAGAUAUGCAACAAUUUUUAUGAUAUACUACCACUCCGCAUGUAUCCCCAACGUCCAACAAGCAGUGACCCCAUAAUUACGUACACAGGCGCACACCGUCCCGUCCGACGUAUGGAAGAAUUUGCAAAGUCACUUUACCAUUUUAUCACAGGCACAAACCCUGUAGGAGGCUACACCAGAAUGAUCUAA